GCCAGGGAUUUCAAACUUCCUCCACCACGGAUCCCAUGCCAUCCUGAAGUCGAAAACAACGGCGUAACGCUAUUUAUACUAGACAGGUAGAACAUCGACACAGGCAUCCUCUCGGGGGUCGUCCCUCCCGAUUCCGUGGACAGGCUAACACCAGCAAUAUGAGCCUCAUCGGCGCGAAACCCCGCCAAAUAUACACUAUCAACGUCCAAAUCGAAAGAUUUAUGCCCUAGGCAGAUGGCGAAAUACUCCACCACAUGCGCUCACAUGCCUGCCUCGGUGGGGGUCUGUGAGUAUAAGAAAUCUGGGGAUGCGGGGUGGGAACUGGGGGAUCCAGUCUGAUACUACGGUCCUGUCGCCCUGACUGAUUUUUUGGCUUAGUUCUGACUAUCACUAUCGUUCUCUCCGUCGAUAUUCGAAGAGCUGGACUGGAAGAGAAUGGCUACCGAGACGAUAACCACCGAGAAACCCGUGGCGGUGACCACUGAGAAACCCGAGACGACCACCACUGAGCAAACCGAGACGACCACCGCUGAGAAAACCGAGACGAUUCCCACUGAGCAAACCGAGACGACUCCUACUGAGAAAACAGAGUCGACGCCCUCUGAGAAGCCUUCCACCCCUGGGGACUCAGAGAAAGGCUACCCGGGCAUGCAGCCCAUUGUGCUGUACGAUCCAGUGAAAGAGCCCCAUGUGCUCAAGGAGUUCGUCGGAGAGCCCUGCUUCUUCGCCGGAGGACAAUACGCCAUUCUCCUUCAGUUCGCCCACCCCGGCCUCGCCAGAGGCUCGCUCGAGCAUAGCGAGUUCGCCGACCGCAUCCUCAACCGUCUCAAGACGACUACCCGAUUCCUCACUGCCUGCGUCUUCGGCACCCCGGAAGAACGGAAGGCGGUCUUCGGCAUUAUUCAUCGGGCUCAUUCCGUCGUCAAAGGAGACGGAUACUAUGCCGACGACCCGGAGCUGCACAAGUGGACAGCGGCGACACUGUUCAUGUCGCUCCUGGUCGUGCACGAAGCGGUCUGGGGAAAGGAUAAGAUCCCGCAGUGGAAGGUGGAGGCACUGUUCCGGGAGACUUCCGUCUACGCGACCUCGCUCCGAAUGCCCACCGAGAUGUGGCCCAAGACGCUGGAUGACUUCUGGGUAUACUGGAACCACAACAUCGAAACCCUCGAAGUCACGCACUGGGCAAAGACGCUGAUGAAAGCUCUCAUGUGGCCGAAGGUCCCGUUUCCAAUGUCUGCUGCCUCCCCCCUCCUCAGGCUGUGGACGACCGCCUUCCUACCCGAGCGGAUGCGGAAUGAGUAUGAGUUGCCGUGGACUAAGAAGCAACAGCGCCUAUAUAAAUAUAGCAUGGGAUACUUCCGGAUCACCUAUCGUAUGAUCCCGCCACCAAUCAGGGGCUCGGUUGCCACGUUCACACAAUGGGAAAUGAGGAAGGCAGUCAAGCGGAUUCAGAAGACCGGAAGCUGGAAGAAGUCAGCACAAUGAGGGGCGAACUUGAACUGAUGGAAAGGUCUUGGGAGUGUGAAUUAUUAUCGGCGCAGUGUAGGUUGUGUUCCGGGUUAGCUAGUAUAGUACAGUUGCAGCAGUGUUGGCAACUGCAAAUCGAUAUCCAAUUAUGGCCAGAAACGCCAGACUCCUAACGAACUGUAAAUAAUGCAAUUCUAAAGAAU